AAUAACUUUAAACGCUAACGAUUUACAUUUACGAUUGAUUUACGAUACUUGUAAAUAAAAGCGUGUUUUAACCUAACUUUCUCAAUUGUUACAUUAAAACAUAACUAUAUUUUAUAUCGCAAUAUGUUUUAUUUAAUUGGGUUAGGUUUAGGUGAUGCAAAAGAUAUUACCGUUAAAGGUUUAGAAAUUGUAAAAAAAUGUGAUAAAGUUUUUUUAGAAGCUUAUACUUCUAUAUUGACUGUAGGAAAAGAGGUUUUGGAAAACUUUUAUGGUCGACCUUUAAUAAUAGCUGAUCGAGAACUUUGUGAGGCCAAUAUAGAUGAUAUAUUAAAAGAAGCAAAACUAAAGGACAUUGCACUCUUAGUAGUCGGAGACCCCUUAGGUGCAACCACACACACUGACAUGCUUCUCCGUGCUAAAGAAUUUGAAGUAAAAACACAGAUUGUUCAUAAUGCAUCAAUUAUGAAUGCUGUAAGCUGCUGUGGCCUGCAGCUCUACAACUUUGGCGAAACAGUUUCAAUACCCUACUGGACAGAAACUUGGAAGCCAGAUAGUUUCUUUGAAAAAAUACUUGGAAACUACAAAAGAAAUUUGCAUACCCUCUGCCUUUUAGACAUAAAAGUCAAGGAGCCUACUGAAGAGUCACUUACAAAAAAGAUACGCCAAUAUAUGGAUCCAAAGUUCAUGUCUGUCAAAGAAGCUUCUAGACAAAUAGUUCAAAUAGUUGAAAAUCUUACAAAUGAAACAGAUAUAACAAUUGAAAGUUUAGCAAUCGGCUUAUCAAGAGUUGGAGCGCCUGAUCAAAAAAUUAGGGCAAUGGCUUUGAAAGAUAUGCAGAACUUAGAACUUGGUCCGCCUCUACACAGCCUUGUCAUUCCCGCGCGUAAUUUACACCCGCUUGAACUUGAUUACCUGGCGCAAUUCAGAUAAAUUGUACGAAAACAGUGUAUAUUAAAAGAAUUUUUUUUUAUCAUAUUUUUAUUUGGCUAUGAAUGCCAAAAUUACUGACAACAACAUAAAUUGUUGAAUAAGAUAUUUAUAAACUUUAAAUAAACAUUAUUUGAAGUAUUUUAA